UCUUCAUCAGCACUAGCAUCACUAAGCCCUCCUCAAUCCACAAGAACUACCUCGAUCAAAUCACACCAUCUACAGUACAUCAAACCAACACAUCACUCAAGCAUCUCAAGCAUCUCAAGCAUACCAAAAACACCCCAACCAUUUUUUGGAAUAUCAUCAAAAUGUACACCCCCUCCCUCCUCCAAGCCAUCACCGCCACCACCCUGGCCCUUGCCCUUCUCGCCACCGCAUCCCCAACCGGCACGCAACCCCCCGCAGCGCCCAUCUGCGGCACCUGCAACCCGCUCUCCGGCCAGAACAACUGCGACGUGACCACCUCGUGCAUCAACACCGGCACGCGCUUCCACUGCGCCUGCCGCGCGGGCUACAAGGCCUCGUCCACCAACGCCGACAUCUCCAAGCAGUUCCGGCUGCCCUUCCCCAACUACCAGUUCCUGGUCUUCGUCCCCGAGUUCACCCAGUGCAACACGCUGUGCGAGAACCCGUACGGCGCGAGUUCGCAGCUCUGUGCCGAGGUGCCGGUGCAGAGUUUCUGUCCGGUUUAGCGGGAUGUCGAGGGGGGAAGAUGGGCUGAAGGGAGACCUUUCGAUGAAAAGAGGGGGCUGAGGUGGGUGGUGAGCUUGUUUUUGGGUGGGAAAGUAGGGUCAAGGUACUGUGCGCGGUGAUGCUGGGGGGGUUCUUGUUAAGGGAGGGUGAGAGGAGUUGGUCUUAUGAUCUUAAAUAUGAAGGGGAAUUAAGGGAGAUUAUAGUUGUGACUUGAUGUGUUUUUGGACAAGGUAGAUAGGACUUUGCGUUGCCUUGGUCGAGUGAUAUAUAAGCAUCACUCCGUACUAAUUGUGCAAAUUCAGACUCUUGCGGAUUCCUAUCUGAUCUGUGAUCAUUUCGUGGGGCAUCUUUCACAGUCUUCUGUAUCGAAUGUAGAAAUCUGUUCAUCUC